GCGACUGAAUAAUGCUUCUACCCAGGGUGUGUCAGCUUGUUAAGCUAACAGAUUUGCCUUCUCCAGAAUUAACCCCACAUGCCACAGCUGGCACCCAGUUUCAGUAGCAGACGGGUUCCCAGCUGGCCAUGAGGCAAGAACCAUGGACUGGAAACUUCACUUGGUUCAAUAUUGUCUCAGGAACAUCUUUUUCCUCUUGAUGCUUUGUUUCCAUAUAUGGAUUUCAGCUGUUUCUCCCACUUCCAAACCUCCAAUGGCAACUGAAUGCUUUACGGUCAACUUCAUUGCAACCAAUAUGAUCUAUAGGCCGCAGAUGGCUAAUCCCACAUCAAGGCUGUUCAACUCAACACAAAGAGUCAUCAGUAAAUUGCUGGGACAGAUAUUGAAUACCAACAACAUUGGUCCUGAAUUGAUCAACUGUAGUAUAUCAACGUUAAGAUCUGUAAAUCAGAGAAAGUACACUGGAAUAGACAGUGUGUGCUGCUAUCGUAAAGUUGCUGCAGCCCCACCUUUCGAUCCAAUCAAUAUAUAUCAGAAAUUCAUAAAUGAGACCAACCAUUUCACCAAGAUGGGGAGGUACAACCUGGAUCCAAACAGCCUUUUUGUUAAUGCUGUUUCUCCCACUUCCAAACCUCCAAUGGCGAUGGAAUGCUUUACAGUCAACUUCAUUGCAACCAAUGUGAUCUAUUGGCCGCAGAUAGAUAAUCCCAUAUCAAGGCUGUUCAAUUCACAACAAAGAGUCAUCAGUAAAUUGCUGGGACAGAUAUUGAACACCAACAACAUUGGUCCUGAAUUGAUCAACUGUAGUAUAUCAACGUUAAGACCUGUAAAUCAGGGAGAGUACACUGGAGUAGAUAGUGUGUGCUGCUAUCGUAAAGCCGCUACAACCCCCCCUUUCGAUCCAAUCAAUAUAUAUCAGAAAUUCGUAAAUGAGACCAACCAUUUCACCAAGAUGGGAAGGUACAACCUGGAUCCAAACAGCCUUUUUGUUAAUGCUGUUUCUCCCACUUCCAAACCUCCAAUGGCAACGGAAUGCUUUACAGUUAACUUCAUUGCAACCAAUAUGAUCUAUACCCCACAGAUGGCUAAUCCCACAUCAAUGAUUUUCAGCUCAACACAACAAUUGGUUGUUAAUUCGCUGAGUCAGAUAUUGAACACCAGCAACAUUGGUCCUGAGUUGAUCAACUGUAGUUUAUCAACGUUAAGAUUUGUGAAUCAGGGCAAGAACACCGGAGUAGACAGUGUCUGUUGCUAUGGUAAAACUGCUACAGCUCCCCCUUUUAAUCGAAUGAACAUAUAUCGCAAAUUCAUAUAUGAGACCAACGGUUUCACCAAGAUGGAGAGGUACAGCCUGGACCCAAACAGCCUUUUUGUUAAUGAUUAUCAUGAAGCAUCACCUGCGACCACUCUUUCUCCCACCUCCAGACCUCCAGGCGCAACUGAAUGCUUUACGGUCAAUUUCAUUGCAACCAAUUUGAUCUAUAGACCACAGAUGGCUAAUCCCACAUCAAGGCUUUUCAGCUCAACACAACGAUUCUUGAUUAAUUUGCUGGGAGAUAUAUUGAAAAACAGUGACAUUGGUCGUGAUUUGAUCAACUGCCGUUUAUCAACGUUAAGACCUGUAAAUCAGGGAGAGUACACUGGAGUAGACAGUGUGUGCUGCUAUCGUAAAGUCGCUGCAGCCCCGCCUUUCGAUCCAAUUAAUAUAUAUCAGAAAUUCGUAAAUGAGACCAACCAUUUCACCAAGAUGGGGAGGUACAACCUGGAUCCAAACAGCCUUUUUGUUAAUGCUGUUUCUCCCACUUCCAAACCUCCAAUGGCAACUGAAUGCUUUACGGUCAACUUCAUUGCAACCAAUAUGAUCUAUAGGCCGCAGAUGGCUAAUCCCACAUCAAGGCUGUUCAACUCAACACAAAGAGUCAUCAGUAAAUUGCUGGGACAGAUAUUGAACACCAACAACAUUGGUCCUGAAUUGAUCAACUGUAGUAUAUCAACGUUAAGGCUUGUAAAUCAGGGAGAGUACACUGGAGUAGACAGUGUGUGCUGCUAUCGUAAAGUCGCUACAGCCCCGCCUUUCGAUCCAAUCAAUAUAUAUCAGAAAUUUGUAAAUGAGACCAACCAUUUCACCAAGAUGGGGAGGUACAACCUGGAUCCAAACAGCCUUUUUGUUAAUGGUAAGAAGCAUUAGGUUUACUUUCGUGACUAAAAACCUUUGAGGCUGUUCAACAAUGAAUAGGUUUUCACCAACAUUAUCUAACGUAAAUAGUAGUGUGUUUGAGUGACAGCAAUGAGAGAUGCCAGUGGGCUACAUUUUUUUCUAUGUCUACCGUAUUUGGGUUAUAAAAAUCUGGAUGAUCACUAGAUGGCAGCAGUGCUUAUUUGCACCUCAUGGUCAUUUGGAAUUUUGUAGUCCAGAGGUGGUAACUCUGUUCUAGAUUUACUUUUCUCUAGGAAUGUCCCAGCACACAUUGGCUAGAGUUAGAUGGACACUUUAUAUUGAAAUAUUGUUACUCUAUUAGAAAGCAAGUAAUUGUCACCCAAAGAGGAUUAUCACAUCACAUAAUUUUUAUACAGAAUUCCUUAGAAUAUUGAAAUUGCUUGGUGUACUUUAUAGAAAUAGUCACAAUCUUGAGAUACCCAUUCAUGUUUAAGAUGGACCUGGCUUAAUAUGUCAUGCAAUUAAAAAUGGCGGCAUGAUGUGUGAACACUCAAACCUUUCUUAAGAAAUGAUAAAUUUUAUCAGAUGGGAAAAAGUUGAUGAUUUUGACGAAAGAAUGGAUGGAAGAUUGAUGUUGCUAAGAGAAUGUAGACCUUUUUGGGUUUAAGUGCAAGAACCAUUUUAUAGAAGAGAAAUGAUAUGUGGUUCAUUUAUUGUGAUGUACUAAAAUUUUUAUAAGGGGAUUGUAAAAUGAAAUCAAGGGAAGAUUGAACAAAAUAUUCUUGUCAAUGUUUUUCUUAUGUACACUUAUCAGAAAGUUUUAGUGGAUAAAAGAUUUUGUGAUUUUGAACAAUAUGAGACUGAGUUUGAAAUAUAACUAUGUACUAAUGAUGAACAUGUUAUUGCUAAGAUCUACAAACCUCUCAUGAAAUAUCAGAAGAACACAUGAAAGAAUGUAUGAUAAAAUGGGCUAAAAUUUUUGGCUACAAUAUACAAAUGAAUCAAUGGGAAAAUAUGUAGCUAAAAGACUGAAAUUUAGAUUAUGUUGUAAUCUCAAAGAGAAUUUUUAUAAAAUAAUGUACAUUGCUAUCUGUCAGCAGAAAAACUGUUUAGAAUGUAUAAAGGCACUUUGAAUGUUUGCUGGAAAUGUGAGCAACAUGAAAAGACAUUUUAAUCACGAUUUGGUGGACGUGUAAAAAAGUAAAAACAUCUGGAUACAAAUUCAUACUGUACAUUAAGAAGAUUGUAAAGGUUAAAACUUCAACCUGAGACUUUUCUUUCAGGACCAAUGGACAGGCAACUAGAAAAAACUUUGUUUUAUAUAUUGUAGGGUUCUGUAACCAGCACUAGAAAAAGAAACAAAUUGUGUAGCCUUGACUAACUAUUGCUAUCUCGCUUUUGUAAUCAGCGUUUGUGUCAGGGACAAAUUUCAUGCAAGCUUGGGAAACAUGUACACAGAUGUGAUAUACUGAAGGAGGGAAUGAGGGAGUGUAUAGGAAUGAUUGAUGUCUUCUUUAUAUGGUAAUAACUCUGUUGUCUAAUGUUGAUUGGUUGACAAAGUUUAUAAAGCAAUGCUACUAACUUUCCAAGGUGUGGCACUUCUGAAUGUAACUGCCAGCAUUCCAUAUUGUUUGCCACCCAGCUGUUUUACUUGAUCAAAUAAAGUACUGUUUCCUCAAGAA